UGACAGCCACGCAGGACUUCACUGGAUUCAGCUCAAAGCACUACGCUUCCUGACGCACAACCAGAUCCGGACUUUACGCGGAGAGCAUAUUGAAAAGGUUUUUUAUUUAUUUUUUAAAAAAACAGGACAAUUCUUCAAAGAGCAUGAAGUUAGAGGUGCUGUGUGGAAGCCACUAUGCCAUGAAGCAUUUCGAGAUGUCUUGUGAUGCAGAGGGCAGUGUGCGCUCUCCUCCUCCUUCUGCCGAGGAGGAGCUGGGCUCGGAUGGGGACUGCGUGGCUCCCAGCCCUCCUCCACCUGUUACUCCAUGUGUUAAGUCCAAGCCGUACACACGGAGACCCAAACCCCCGUUUUCCUACAUCGCUCUCAUCGCCAUGGCUAUCCGGGACUCCCCCUCCGGACGGCUGACUCUGGCGGAAAUAAACGACUACCUGAUGAAAAGGUUCCCGUUCUUCAGAGGCAGCUACACCGGCUGGAGGAACUCGGUUCGGCACAACUUGUCUCUGAACGACUGCUUUCUCAAAGUGCUGCGGGACCCUUCCAGGCCUUGGGGAAAGGACAAUUACUGGAUGCUCAAUCCUCACAGCGAGUACACCUUUGCCGAUGGUGUGUUCAGGCGUCGAAGGAAACGCAUUGAUAAAAAGUUCAGCAGGGAGCCAAAGGGGCCCGGGCUCCCAGAGGAGCCGCAGAGAGCUCAGCAGUCUGCAUCCGCCACCAAGACGGACUCAUGUGUGAAGUUUAGCAGUUCAUUCGCCAUAGACAACAUCCUCAGCAAGCCGUUCAAGAGGGACUUAAAGAAAGAGCUUGUGCCACUCCAGCCUGCCUUCACCUGGCCGAGCUACACUGAACUGAUGGUGCCUCAUUUAAAUUCACCUGCCUCAUUUUCAUACUUCAAGCCAACAUUCUAUGUGGACUACUUUGCUGCGCAUGCGUCAAACUCCUAUUUCAUGCGAUGAUUCAAAGCCAUCACAAGCGCAAUGACGAUCGAUGCAGAGGGAGAAUGGGAAUUGGUGGCAAGGUGGUUACUCUGAUUUUUGUACCUCUUUAAGCAUUAUCAGACUUGAUCUUUGAUACAGAAUUAUAUGUUCAAGAUGUUACUGAACUAACCAUUGACGUUGUUUUAGAAAACGUUUUUAAAA